AUGUCACACCACGGUUCGGACCCCGAUCUCCACCGAGCCAUCUCUCUUCGACCCAGUCCGUUCCACGCACAUCCCGAACCAUCGACCCGGAUUUCCCAACUUCCAGAUGGUGUACUUCCUGUCCUCCCAUUGCCACAGACCAAGCCCGGUGCUUCCACAUCCUACGAGCUCGCCGAGGCGCACGACCCUGUCUCGCGUCCCAUCUAUGCCCGCAGCACCAGCGAAGCCCAGGACGUCGAAGGCAGACCGCUUCCGAGCUAUACUGCCGACAAUGAUCCACUGAACCUCCACAGUCGUCUCAAGACCACGGAACAAUUGGAUGCCAUUCGGGCAAACACCUCCAGAAGACGCCAAGGUGCUACAGACCGCCUGUGUGCACCUAUCGCUCAAACCAAGGAUGCUGUCCAAUCGCGCAGAGUCCGAGGCUUUUACGAAGGCCAAAAUGAUGCUAUCGAGAGAAUGCUCAAACCAGUCGACGACCAUAGGAGAGAGGCCAAGGAAGAAGCCGGUGCCGACCAUCUACAGUACAAGAUCGCCGUCUAUGGCUCGUUUGCUGCCAACAUCCUCCUGGCCGGCCUGCAGUUGUACGGCGCCAUCUCCUCCGGCUCCCUCUCGCUCUUCACCACCAUGGCUGAUGCCAUCUUUGAUCCCCUGUCCAAUCUCACUCUGAUUCUGUGCAAUCGGGCUGUCAACCGCGUCGACCCUCGCAAGUUCCCUGCCGGAAAGGCUCGGAUAGAAACAGCUGGCAAUAUUUGUUUCUGUUUCUUGAUGUGUAGCGUUUCCUUCAUUCUGAUUGUCCUCUCCGUCAUGGAGCUCGCAGAGGGUUCGAACUCGGAGACGAAACGAUUCCAUCUGCCCGCCGUCCUCGCCGUAUGCAUUGCCUUUGCUACCAAGCUUGCGCUCUUCAUAUACUGCUGGUCUCUAAGGAACAAGUACUCCUCGAUCCGCAUUUUGUGGGAAGCAGAUCACAGGAAUGACUUGUUCAUCAACGGAUUUGGUGUCUUGACCUCUGUUGGAGGCAGCAAGCUCGCUUGGCAGAUCGAUCCCGCAGGAGCAAUUGCGCUCUCAUGCCUGGUCGCUUUCUUGUGGCUUCGCACCGCUUACUCUGAGUUCCAGUUGUUGAUCGGUGUUACAGCUCCAGUUCCUACGCUGCAGCUUCUGACCUACAUUUCAAUGACGCACAGUCCGGAUAUCGUCGGUCUUGACACCGUAAGGGCUUGGUACUCUGGCCCUAGAAUCACUGUAGAAGUGGACAUCGUUCUUCAUCCGGACAUGACGCUCAAGGAGACUCACGACAUUGCAGAGGAUCUGCAAAACAAGCUCGAGAGCCUCCCGGAUGUCGAAAGAGCCUACGUACACAGUGACUAUGAAACCGAACAUAGAGCGGAACACUUUCUGAAGAAGGAGCUCUGA